AGCCUCCUGCGGGAAAUGGAUUUAAUUCUGACCGUAGGGCCGUAAGGGACGUGCGCGGGAAGGAGAGCCUUUUGUCAAGGAGUGGCAGCCUUGGUGCUCUGUCAUUGGCACCAACGCGGAGAAGUUGCACAGCUGGUGGGAUCGCCUGCUGCUCUGACCAGCGCGGGCUGCAGGAUGGGUGGAAAACGCUGCUCUGCAGAGUAGCUGCAUGGAUUUAUGAAGCGCAUCCAAAAACAUCCCGCAGAAAAACCCGAACCAACCCACGGUGGCAGGCCCGAGAUGCGUCCGAUACUGUGCCGAAGUUUCCACUUGGAUGUCUGAGGUUGUGUAGAUGUGGUUGGCACCCCAGAGAGUGGAGCAGGGGGCGAAGACCCAGCACUGAGAGGAGAAAGCCUUGGAGAGGCCUGGGCCAGCUUCCCGGGUUCCAGGAGCAGAUCGCAGCCCCAGCAGGAAAAUGAGUGAAGAGACGGUCCCCGAGGCCACCUCCCCGCCGCCCCCACAGGGGCCGCAUUACUUUGACCGCUUCUCUGAGGAAGACCCUGAGUACAUGCGCCUUCGCAACCGUGCGGCCGACCUGCGGCAGGACUUCAACCUCAUGGAGCAGAAGAAGCGCGUCACCAUGAUCCUGCAGAGUCCUUCUUUCAGGGAGGAGCUGGAAGGCCUCAUCCAGGAGCAGAUGAAGAAGGGGAACAACUCCUCCAACAUCUGGGCCCUACGGCAGAUCGCGGACUUCAUGGCCAGCACCUCCCAUGCAGUCUUCCCAACAUCUUCCAUGAACUUCUCCAUGAUGACACCCAUCAAUGACCUCCAUACUACUGACUCCCUGAACCUGGCCAAGGGGGAGCGGCUCAUGCGCUGCAAGAUCAGCAGUGUCUACCGACUCCUGGACCUCUAUGGCUGGGCCCAGCUGAGCGACACCUACGUCACGCUGAGAGUCAGCAAGGAGCAGGACCACUUCCUGAUUAGUCCCAAGGGAGUUUCCUGCAGUGAAGUCACGGCAUCCAGCCUGAUCAAGGUGAACAUCCUGGGGGAGGUGGUGGAGAAGGGCAGCAGCUGCUUCCCGGUGGACACCACGGGCUUCUGCCUGCACUCGGCCAUCUAUGCCGCCAGGCCUGACGUGCGGUGCGUCAUCCACCUACAUACGCCAGCCACGGCAGCGGUGUCAGCCAUGAAGUGUGGCCUCCUGCCUGUCUCCCACAAUGCCCUGCUGGUGGGGGACAUGGCCUACUAUGACUUCAACGGGGAAAUGGAGCAGGAAGCCGAUCGCAUCAACCUGCAGAAGUGCCUUGGCCCCACCUGCAAGAUCCUGGUGCUAAGAAACCACGGAGUGGUUGCUCUAGGGGACACCGUAGAGGAGGCAUUUUAUAAGGUCUUCCACCUGCAGGCUGCCUGUGAGAUACAGGUGUCAGCUCUGUCCAGCGCCGGGGGAGUGGAGAACCUCAUCCUCCUGGAGCAGGAGAAGCACCGGCCCCACGAGGUGGGCUCUGUGCAGUGGGCUGGGAGUACCUUUGGGCCCAUGCAGAAGAGCCGACUGGGAGAGCACGAGUUUGAGGCCCUCAUGAGAAUGCUGGACAACCUGGGCUACAGAACAGGCUACACAUACCGCCACCCCUUUGUUCAAGAGAAAACCAAACACAAAAGUGAGGUGGAGAUCCCAGCCACGGUCACAGCCUUCGUGUUUGAGGAGGAUGGCGCCCCUGUCCCCGCCCUGCGACAGCACGCUCAGAAGCAGCAGAAGGAGAAGACCCGCUGGCUCAACACGCCCAACACCUACCUGCGGGUCAAUGUGGCCGACGAGGUCCAGAGGAGCAUGGGCAGUCCCCGGCCCAAGACCACAUGGAUGAAGGCUGACGAGGUGGAGAAAUCCAGCAGUGGCAUGCCAAUCCGGAUUGAAAACCCAAACCAAUUUGUGCCUCUCUACACUGACCCCCAGGAAGUGUUGGACAUGAGGAACAAGAUUCGAGAACAAAAUCGACAAGAUGUGAAGUCGGCGGGGCCUCAGUCCCAGCUCCUGGCGAGUGUCAUCGCUGAGAAGAGCCGAAGCCCGUCGACAGAGAGCCAGCUGAUGUCCAAGGGCGAUGCGGAUACCAAAGAUGAUUCAGAGGAGACGGUGCCAAACCCCUUUAGCCAACUCACUGACCAGGAGCUGGAGGAGUACAAGAAAGAGGUGGAGAGGAAGAAACUAGAAUUGGAUGGAGAGAAGGAGGCUGCCACAGAAGAGCCGGGCUCACCUGAAAAGUCAGCACCUGCUUCUCCAGCGCAGAGCCCAGUGAAGGCAGAGACAAAGAGCCCUGUGGUCUCUCCUUCCAAGUCUGCAGAGGAAGAUGCUAAGAAGACCGAAACAAGCAAAGCCACCACAGAGCCUGAGACAGCCCAACCAGAAGGGGUGGUGGUCAACGGGAGGGAGGAAGAGCAGACUGCAGAGGAAAUCCUCAGCAGAGGCUUGAGCCAGAUGACCACCAACGUGGACACGGACGUCGAUACCUCCAAGGACAAAACCGAGUCAGUCACCAGCGGCCCCAUGUCCCCAGAGGGCUCACCUUCCAAGUCUCCCUCCAAGAAGAAAAAGAAAUUCCGAACCCCCUCCUUCCUGAAAAAGAGCAAAAAGAAGGAGAAAGUGGAGUCCUGAUUCGUGGCACCCAGGGACUCCCAUUUGCAUCUUCUCCCUCCUCCCUCCCCCUUCUCCCAACUGUGUCCCUGGAAGCACAGGGCCAAGAAGGGAUAGAAUAGGACCCGGGAUCACGCUCAGAGGGGGAAUUUAAGAUCACCCGACCAACCCCUCAUUUUACAGCUACACCAGAGAAAUCAGGUGACUGCCCAAGGUCACACAGAUAGUUAGUGGCAGAGCCCGCACUGGAACUCGGGUCUUGUGACCCCCAGUCUAGUGCUUUUUCCACUUCACAACACUGCCUAGCUGUGGGACACCUUUGUCAGGAUGUUUCCCACCAAUCUGAGCCCAGGGCAGAAAGGCAAGAAAUGGGCCGUGAGCGCUCACAGGCUCAGACUAAGUCAGACAGGUCAAGACUUCCCCUGAGUAAGGUCCAUUUCUUCCCAGAAAACCCAUCUCCUGCAGCGGAGAUAGUGCCACAUGGAGAAAUCUUGCUUCUCUUGUCCAUUUUGGGUCCCCGCUCUGCUGCUCAAAGUAACGAGACAAGUUGACCUUCCCCUCCAAUAGAAGCUAACCUUUAUUCCCCAGGCUGAUGGCUUAGCUUGCACUUCCCUGAACACUAACCCUGAGCUGUCUUCAUGGAACCAUUUGAAUGACGAAUAGAAGAGCUUAAGUGUUGGCAGACAUGAGGGCAAGCCAAGUAAGCCUGACGAUCAGGGAUGGUCUAAUCCGCGUAAGAAGCCAGGAACUUGACCCAUUGUAUUGUGCAUCUCGAGCGCUUCAAAACUAAAACCAAACUUAGCAUAAGAAAAUGUUGUCUCAUGCUCAGGGCAGAAAUUUGGGGAAAUUUAAAUCCUCUGUUGGCUUUGAGUAGUAGAAGGAGGAUCAAGAUGGCACAGGAGAUGCUGCCUUUCUAGCUUUGCAUGACACACAGAGCAAUGCACUGCACCUGCCUCACUCCUGUCCAGCAGCCAGGUGUCCCCUGACCUUCCCUCAAACCCAGAAGCUCACAGACCAGAACUGGCAUUUUACUCUUGGCUUCCUUGGGGUUCCAACUCUGAGUCACUCUGGGUCUAGCAGAGGAGAACCAGAAAUGUGUCUUUAAUCCUCUUGGACCAGCUCUCAGAGAAAUGCUUGGGUGUCCCCAGCCCUGCCACUCCCUGUCUAUCCUGGGGCCUGGUAAUAGCUAUAGCUAUGGUUUUAAAUGCCAACACUAUUUUUUCAUAUUCUUCCAUGGGCCAUGGAUUCAUGAGCAUCGUUGACUCCUAGACAAUCCAUUGUCUUUAAGCACAGUGUCUUCGAAGAAAAUUUCUCCUUUUGGUCCUGACUAUUGUAAAAAUACUUUUGGAAGUUCUUAAUCCUAGUUUUCCAUUUUUGAGCAUUUCAAGUCCAUCAACACUGUGCUGGCCUCACAUACAUAAUACCCUGUAAGCCUCACGACAAUCCUGUGAGUUGGGUAAGAUUAUUCCCAUUUGAUCAUCAGGAAGCUGAACUUGCAAAAGAAAGACCUGAAGUCUGGAUUUGAACCCAGGUCAGUCUGAGUCCUGAGCCCUUGCUUUUAGCAUCUCUAGUGAAUGAACAACUUUGAUCCUCGAGGGUGAUUAUUUUAGUCCAUGAAACAUUUCUGAGACUAGUCUCCACUGUAUAAUGUUAGCACUUGAAACAAAGGUAGGACACUACCUAUGUCCACCCUCACUGAUGCAUGUGAAACUGCUGGUGAGCAUAGACUGUGGCAUUGUGAAUGUGGACCUCUGGCAAGACAGGCCUUCUGGAUGGGGCAGGAAACACCAUCCAUAGUUGGCUAUUUCUUGAGAAGGAAGGAAACUGACAUCUGGUCAAGGAAAGUCCAAUGCUGAAAACCUAGCACUGAUUCCCAAUUGCUAGGGCCCCUCUCUCCACUUACUUCCUGGCUGGGUCCUUAUGAUGGACACCCCAAUGGUCAGGGACACUGACACCUCAGAAAAAAAAAUCUGUCAUAUGGGAAAUGCCUUUAAAAGUUAAUCCUUUGAUGCCUUCUUUAAAAAAUAGAUUUCCAUUUUCUCAUUCAUCCUUUCAUAGUAUUUGUUAAGCAUCCACUCGGCAUCAGAUAUUAUGCUGAUGUUAAAAGAAAGCAGUCAUUGUUACCAGAAUGAUAAGUGGCAGAUCACGGUAGCAGAAGGGAGGAAUGGACGUGACCUGGGGUGCAGCUUUGUGUGCGAGUUGGUUGUCGCUCAGCAGUAUCUAUUGACUGCACCCAGCAAACUCUUGUGCCUCAUUUAGGGGGGACAGUGUCAGAGCCUUGCUGGAGCAUCAUCAGUACGCUCUGAGUCCACCUCAUGUCUGCCAAUUUGUUCAUUCCUUGUGUAUUUUGAAAGCAGGUACUGAGCUUAGGUCGUGCAGGUGCGAGGGUAGGACAGAGCACCCACCCACAAGAAAUCCACUGAUACAGGAGGCAUGUGAACAGAUGACAGAACAGGCAGGUGCACAGAGGUGGCAUAAGGAAGCAGCGCUUGAUUUUCUUGGGGGGGGGGUGCAGAGAACCAUUGCAGAAAGUGAUGAUGGCCGAGUUAGGUUUUCAAUACAAAGAACAACUUUCCAGAAAAAGAAGAGUUCCCUGUUCCAAGAUGAGGGAAGACUCUGAACAGAAGGAAGGAACCGUGAAGCUCCAUGGAGUUCCACUGGGCAGUUGGUUCUUGCCAGAGCACGGGGAGGCAGGGCUGGAUCGUAAGGGCACACGUAGGAAGUGUGGAGAAGCUAGACUCUCAUCAGGCCGGGAGUCGGGAGCCACUGUGUGCUUUGAAUCAGGCGAGAGUCCUCUUCAGACUUGCACUGUAGAGUUCCUCUGGUGACUGAGUGGAGAAGGUGCUGGAGGUCUGGGGAUGUGAGGAGGCUUGUCUGAAUGUCAGUACUGAAGCACACUUGAUGGCCCGCCCCACACCACACUGACCCCUAUAGCAGAUAGUGAGUUUCCAGCCCAGAGUCCCUUUCUUUGAGAUUUGUGACAAGGAGGGAGAAAUAUUCAAAGAGCUGACAUUCCCUACUCAGUUUCCGCUCUGUUUCGUCUCGGUGUGGGUUGGCUGGGAAGGGCUGCGGACUCCUGGCAGUGUCCUCCUUCCCGUGCCCAUGAAGGACGUGGUGCAUUUAGUUUUCAGGCUGGAGGCUGCGCACCGAGUGCUGUAGAAACAGACAUGCCGUCCAGACAAAACUACAGGCUGAGAGGGUGAUAGAGUAUUUUCUUUGGCUCUGCGUAACAGUUGGCUAAAAAUUUGGUAUGUGACUGGAGAAAAUGAAUAUUCAUGAGCUCCGAAUUUAUAGACAAUGGAUUUGUUUCUGGUCGAGCCCUCUUGCUGGGACAGGACACAGAAAGGGAUAAGAAAAUGUGAACCAGUCUGCUUCACUGUGAGGGACUGAUCUGGGCAGUUUCCAUGGGAAGGCAGGCAGGAGUAGGGGCAGAGAGGAAGAGGGGCCAAUGGUGUUGGAGGGAUAAGCACUCUGUGCACUGGUAGCUGGCAGCCAAUUGUGGUAUGGGAGAACCAGCCCUAUCAUGUGACCUUCUCCCAAACUGCAAAAAACACUGCCAAGAGACUCCCCCACCUGUCCCCAGCCUAGAUUUGGGCUACAACAGAGCCUCCCGGCCCACAGCUGACCCAAGUUACCAUCCUCCUUCAGCCACAUGAAAAUAACCCCCGUCAAUACCCCUAUAAGUAAUAUGGGUUUCUUCCUCUGUGGACGGCUAAGUCUAAAGGGCUUGGGAGGAUUUGGGUGAGGGGUUGCAGUUUCUUAUAGUAGGAACUCCACCAUAAAACCCUGCCCCUCACCAUCACAUCAUGUAGGCCAAAGUGUCAGAUCCUGUCCCCUAUGGGAUAACGCUGUCACUCACCCAUGGUGAUGUGAGAUGGUUAUUCAGAGGUUGUCUGGCACUGUUGUAACAGGGCCACGGCUCUUGUCAAUGUGGGAAGAAAUGCUGUCAAUCCACUUUUUUGGUUGCUGUGGAUUUGAAGGAACCAUUUACCCCAUGGCAUGAUUAACUUCUGAAAGUAUAAAAGAUGAGAAGUAAGUUUGGAUUUUUCCGGGAUGCCCAUGCAUGGGGACAGAAGGACACGUAGCCGACCAUAGGCCAGGAGAUCAUGCUUUUUCAUAAGUGUGAAUUGUAUGUCCUAGGCCAAGAGGAAGCCCUGCUUGACUACUCAACAGAUGAGGAAACGCUUACUCACUUCACACACGUGGGUCUGCAGAGGCCCUCGGUUGGCACUGUCGCAGUUGACUCUGAGCAUGGAGGAAACGGGUCUUCUUACAUCUUCUCUCACCACUGAGCCCAACUAAACCCUCAAUCUAAAACCAUAAAAUUCAAAGAGUCUGAGAAGAAAUGAGAAGAUAAAUCUAUGCUCUCCAUUCCCACAGAAAGGACAGGGCGCCCAAACUCUGAACCUGGCAGGACGUCAUGUCUGUCCCACAUCUAUUCUGAAAGGGGUGAUUUAAUGACACAAGAGCACGAGUUACCAUCUGUGCCCUCUCGACACGCACCACAAUCUGAAAAAGCAUACGCACCAUAGCAUAAUUAUCCCCCAAAGUCCUGUCCAGCCUGCUGAUCUACUUGGAUGAGGUAUGCUUUUUGUCAGGAAUGAGAGGUCUUAUGAAAGGCUCUGCCAUCUAGACACGCCUGACUUCCUUUCACCUCUCGAAGUGAGAAGCCACACUCACCCAGGAGUCAGUGUGGGGAUUUCAGGUGGGGGGUCCUUUGGCAGAGAAAGUGGCUUUCAUUGUAUUUACAUAGGCAAUUCCCUGGAGAAUGUAGGCAUCUUAGGAGCAGUUAGGAAGAGUCUCCAGUUGGUGGUGGUCUUUUAAAAAUAUGGAAGAAUUUGCCUACUUAGGUGGUUGUAGGUUUUGCCAGAUGGGUGUCUUGGUGCCACUUACCUUCAAGAUUUUCCCCGAAGUUGGGUCAUCACUCUGAGAAGUUGGGGCCUGAAGAUGGAGGAGGGAGACGGUGACUGAGCAGGGAGGGAUUCUGGGGCAGCUGGAGUCGACCCCAGCCUGGGAAGGCUCUGGAGGUCCUCCUGGUAGCGUCAGUUCCUCAGCUCCCUUCCCACCCACUCUUUCCCAGGCAUCAGGGUGAGGCAGGUCGUGAUGGGGGUCUUCCCUUAUCGCCAAGGAGGGUAAAAAGACAUUGCCAGAGUUUACAGGGGUUGGGAGAAUAGUUCUAGGAAGACCCGAAACUCUUCUCCCCUCCAGAAAAUCAUCUUGUAUAAUUUAAAAGCCCAAAGGUCAGAUCUUCCCUUUUAAAGUGAAUCAGAAGGAUGAUGAAAGUCGACCAAGGACACAGGGGCCUCACUUGGAAAACAUCACAGCGCCUCAAGUACAAUGGGAAUAUAUUUUAGGGAACCACUUACACCUCAUACCUGUUGGUCCUGCUUUGACACCUGGGACUGCCUCACCUUUAAAUUCCCAUGAUCUGCUCUAACUAGAGAGUCCCAGUGUUUGAGAGGUGGGAAGAGCAAACAAUCGGAAGUCUGGGGUGGCCCAGCUGGGGCGCGGGGCAGCGGGAACCCAGCCUAGGUAGGGAGUAGGGAGUGCAGUGUUGUUUAAAGCUGUGGAUGGUUUCAGUGAGUUGUCUGUGUCUGACAAUCGUCACUCGGGAGUACUACUUAUUGUCUUCCCUUGUACAUACAUUGUCUGUGUUUAGCUUUUCCUAGUAUCGUGAGGUUUCAAAUAGGGGUUCCUUGUAAAUACUCUCUGCUACUGAAAUGCCAGCCCCCUGGGUCACGCACCUUUCCCACAAACAGUUUUGCCUUUCUCUGUGCUAACACGUAUUGAGCCACCGAUGUGCAGAUGGACGGUUAGUCUCUUGGGUUUUUAUUUUGCAAUUUUAUAUAUAUACACAUAUAUAAUAUAUAUAUAUAUUUAUGGGAUGGUUUUGUAUAGUUUUCUGUUUGAAUCUCUGAGCACCAAAGCUGCCCUUUGAUUUUCACGAGAACUUUCCAAAGCCACUUCCUGAGCCCUUCUGCUGCUUUGGUGUCUGACUGUGUUGCUGGGGUGGUAUCUCUGCCUGUGGAUUUCUGUAUGUAUGUGCUGUUAUCUCACCUGCAGAUAUUACCCUAGUAAAUCUAACGUGCUUGGC